AUGGCGUCUCCGCGGCGUCGUCGACCGCCGGCCGCCACGAAGCUCCGCGUUGCUCGCAACGACGACCGGCCUCAUCACGCUGUUGUGAUGGUGCUGGGCGAUGUCGGACGGAGCCCUCGGAUGCAGUACCACGCGCUGUCGCUAGCGCGCAUGUCGACGAGCCUGCGCGUAACUCUUGUGGGUUACGCUGGCGAGAGCUGUGUACCCGACGUGUUGAGCCAGAAGAACAUUAGUGUGCUGACGUUUGCGCCGCAUCUGCAGCGAAUCCCCCGCACGUUCUUCUUGCUACUGGCACCUGUGAAGAUUGUGCUGCAGCUGUUGCAGCUGUUGUGGCUGCUGAUCGUAACAUUGGGCCGCGUGGACCUCGUGCUGCUGCAGAACCCGCCAACGAUCCCGACGUUUGUGGUCGUGUGGCUCUGCUGUCGAUUGAAAGGUGCCAAGUUUGUUAUUGACUGGCACAAUCUGGGCUACAGUCUAUUGGCGCUGUCGCUUGGUAGUGGACACUUUUUUGUGAAGAUUGCCAAGUGGAUCGAGCGCGUGUUUGGACGCAAGGCCGAUGCCAACUUGUGUGUGACCUACGCAAUGCAAACGUGGCUACGAGAGACUUGGCGAAUCGAAGCAACAGUGCUGCACGACAAACCUCCUGUCUUUUUCAGACCCACGUCGCUUGACACACAGCAUGGGCUGUUCACUCGAGUGGGAGAUCAGCUCGAGCAUUGCAAUGACCUGGUAACGUGGGACCAAAACCCGGACAACUUGGAGGAAACGCUUCUCACGCGCAAAGUUAGUGAUCCCCGUGGCAAGGAGGAAACAGGGGUGGUGCAAGCUCGCGAGAAUCGACCAGCUGUGAUCAUCAGCUCUACGAGCUGGACAGCAGACGAAGACUUUGGUAUUCUGCUCGCAGCUCUCGAGCUUCUGGACCAACGCACGUCAUCGUUGAGCUCGUCCGAGUUCCCGAACCUGCUGGUUGUGGUAACGGGUAAAGGACCUCAGAAGGCCAUGUAUCUGGAGAAGAUCCGACAGCUGGCGUUCAAACGCAUUCGGAUCGCUACGAUGUGGCUCGAGGCAAGUGACUACCCGCUCGUUCUGGGCAGCGCCGAUCUGGGCGUGUGCUUGCACACGUCGUCGUCUGGCCUGGAUUUACCCAUGAAAGUGCUGGACAUGUUUGGCUGCGGCCUUCCCGUCUGCGCGAUCGGAUUCAAGUGCCUGGCUGAACUGGUGCAGCACGACAAGAACGGCCUGGUGUUUGAGUCUCCCGAGCAGCUUUCUGCCCAGCUCUACGGUCUUCUCAAGGGCCAUCCGACAGACACUGCCGACCUCCACCGUCUACGGUCGUCCCUCACGACAGUGGAACACUGGCCAGAGAACUGGAACCGCGUGGCGUCGCCGCUGUUUCACGAGCAGCUCGGGCUGUAA